AUGGGGAAGGAUUACUACAAAAUCCUCGGUGUCGGCAAGGAUGCCUCCGAAGCCGACUUAAAGAAGGCGUAUAGGAAGCUGGCCAUGAAGUGGCAUCCUGACAAGCAUGCAGAUGCUGAUGCCAAGAAAAAGGCCGAGGCACAGUUCAAAGAUAUUGCUGAGGCUUACGAUGUCCUUUCUGACAAAGAAAAGAGACAAAUCUAUGACCAGUUUGGAGAGGAAGGCCUCAAGAGCGGCGGCUCUCCGACUGGAGGCGCAGGGCCUGGUGGUCCCCGCGCCAACUUCGUCUACCGCGAAGUAGACCCCAGCGAACUCUUUUCAAGGUUUUUUGGCAGCGACAGAAUGUUUUUUGGAGGCGACGAUGACUUUGGACCUUUCGGCAGUGUCGGAAUGGGCCCGCAUGGCGGCGGCUUUCCCUUCCGCAUGCACCAUGCAAGCACUGGCGGUUUCGGUAGCCGCGCUCCUUCCAAACCGAAGACAUACGAGGUUGACCUGUCUCUAUCGCUGGAGGAGUUGUACACGGGGACCAAGAAGAAGCUCAAAAUCACUCGAACGAGGUACCGCAACGGUCAAAUGGUGAAGGAGGACAACGUCUUGUCUAUUGAUGUGAAACCGGGCUGGAAGGAGGGAACAAAGAUCACGUUCGCUGGCGAGGGUGACCAAGACGCUCCGACUUCGCCUCCUGGAGACGUCGUCUUUGUCGUCAAGACGAAGCCGAACAGCCGAUUUGUGCGCGACGGAAACCACCUCAUUCAUAAGGUUUCGAUUCCGCUGGUGAAAGCCUUGACGGGAUUCACGGUCCCGAUCGACAGUCUCGACGGCCGGUCUUUCAAGGUGAAGGUCGAUACAGUCGUGACGCCGAAAAGUCGGAAGAUCGUUCCCAACGAAGGCAAGUUCGGGAUGGAGAAACGAGGGAGGGAACCGCUUUUGUGA